AUGGACCAAACCGGCGGAGCAAACGGGUCCUGCAUGGGCGAGGGCAGCACGGAGCCCACGGAGAUCAGCAACGGAGCCCACAGGGGUCCGAGCAGCACGCCGCGGGCGCGGGACAGUGACAUCCUCCGGCCCCCACGCCAGCGCCCACGCGGGAUCGCGGCCGCGGCCACCGCGGCCCGGCCCCGUUCCGAGCCCCCCACGCAGCCCUGCGGGGCCCGGCCCCGGGGAGCCCCCGGCCCCUGCCGGCCCCCGGGGCCGCUCCGUGCCGGAGCGCGGUGCCACCGCACGGGGACGGGGGACGCCGUGGCGGCGUCGCGGCCCGUGCCCCGGGACCGGCCGCUCCUGCCCGUCCCCGUGCAGCCCCCGCGGCGCGGCCCGGGGGGGGCGGGUCCCGCCCUCCCCUCCGGGUCGUGCCGGAGCGGGGACCCCCGCGGCCCCCCGGCUGCCGGUACGCGGGGGCCGGGCGGAGGGGGGCGGCGGGGCCGGGGCGAGGGGCCGCGGGAGAGGAGCGGGCACGGGGCGGUGCUGCGCGGGGCCCGACACAGCCCGGGGCGGCGUGGCCGGGCAGGGCCGGGCCGGGCCGGGCAGCCGGUGCCCGCACGGCGGGGCCGCGCCAAGGCGCUGCGAGGCCGCCGGUCUCCGAGGCCCGUGCGGGCGCCGGGGGCGGCGCGGCCCCGGGCCGGGCGAGGCUGUCAGCGCCGGGGCGGUGCGGGACGGUGCGGAGCGGGCCUGGCCGGGCACCGCGGGGGGUGCGGCGGCCUCCGGGCCUGCGGGCCCCAGUGCCGCGGGCGGGGACCGGUGACAAACUUGCGGCCGCCGCACCGUGCCGUGCCGCUCGAUGUCCCGCAUGGCGCGGGGGAGGCGCCUCGACCCCCGCCCCGCAGCGCUGCGCGCCCCGCGGGGUAUCGAGCCGGAGGGGGCAGCGGGCCCGGGGGCUCACCCAGCGGCAGCGCCGCCGGGGUGGGGGCCACACGCCCACCUGGGCUGGGCAGGCGGGUCCGCGUUCUCUCAACCGGCCGGCCCCGCUGCGCCCGGGGACACCCACCCUCCCACGGCGGCGCCCGGCGGUGGGCACCGGGCGGGGGGUACCGGGCGGAGGGCAACGGGGCGGGGGAGAGCGGGGCGUCGGGGACCGGGACUGAGGACUCUAGGGCUGGGGACAUCGAGACUGCGGGCAACGGGGCUGCGUGCGCCGCGCUCGCCGUGCGCUGCCCGUCCGGCUCUGCCCGCUGUCGGGCGCCCGGCGCUGCCCGGGCGUGGAGCGAGCGCCCGCCCCCGCUGCCGCCUCCUCCUCCAUCCUUCUCCUCCCCCCGGUGCGGAGCGAGCGUCGCUCCCCGCCCGCGCGGCCGCGGCUCGCUCUCGCCCUCACACUCCGGCUGCCGCUGCCAGUGUCUCCUCCGCCGCCGCCGCUGCCGCCGAACCGCCGCUCGCAGCGCCCGGGGUCCGACCCGCCGCCUGGGGCAGGGGCCCGCCCCGGCCCGCCGCCCCCCGCCGCCCGCCCGCCUCGGGAAGCAGGUGCGUACCCACCGCCCCGCGCCGCCCCGCGCUGGACCCCGGCCCCCGCUGCCCGGGCACCCCGGGCCCGCUCCGCCCCGCACCCACGGCACACGGGGGCAAGCGGAGGGGAGCGGGUGGCCCGACCCCCCCUCCGGCCGUCCGGACGGGAUCUCCAUGGAAACGGUCCCGGGACACCCCCGGGGGCGGCGGUGGGGCGGCGCGGGGGGGGGUGUGCGGGCUGGGGGGACCGGCGACGUCCUGCGGCGGGACAGCGGCGGGGGCGCGGCGGGCACUGACAGCGCCGGGCGGGGGGCAGCGGGCGGCGCCGGCGGCUCCGCUCCCCGCCCCGCGACGGCGCGGCGGAGCCGCUGCCCUGCCCGGCACGGCUGCUCCGGCUCCGGCACCGGCGGCACCUGCCGCUGCCGGGGCGCGCGGCGCUCCCGGGGCGGCGGUGGGACGGCGGCGCCGGGCGCUCGUGGAGUUUGGCGGCGUGGCCCGAGCCCGCCCCGGCCGCCGCUGUGCCCGGGGCCGGUUCGGCCGCGGGUGCCGGCCGGCCGGGUGCCGGGCGGUGGCGGAAGAGCCCUCCCCGGGGGCAGCGCGGCCGCCGCCACCUCCAUGUCCGGGGCUGCCCCGGUGCGGCAGCGCGGGGGCCCGGCCGCGCCUGCCGGGGCUGCGGGACGCUCCGCCGGGGAGCGGCCCCGGGGGCAACUGUUGAGCCGGGGGCUGCGGGAGCGGGCGCGGGGCAGCACGGCGGGGCCUAGCCCCCGGCACGGCUGCGGGGUGCGGGGCGAAGCCCCCGGAGCGGCUGCCAGGCCGCCGUGUCCCGGGCAGGGGGGGCUGCCCGCCCCGCGGGGCCCCGGCGGCGGCGCGGGGCCGUGGGCCGUGCCGUGGCCUCUCGGGGCUCGCAGCGGGACGCGCCGCGCCUCGGGCGGGGGGCUCGCCGGGGAACCCGCGCGGACCCGGAGCCGGGGCGGGCUGCGGCCGGGGCCGGGGCGGUGCCGCUCCGUGCCGACGCCCCCCGACGCCCGGGGCGGGGCGGCGGGGGCGGCCGGUCCCCCGCCCGUGCCCACGGUGAUGGCCGGGCAGCGGCAGGACCGGGCGAGGGAGGCGGCGCUUCCUGCCGCCCUCACCGUGGAGGAAACCAGCCCUCCCGCGGUAGCGUGCCGGUACCGGGAGGGAUCCUGGCUCCUCGGCGAGCGACAUCGGUCCCCUCAUCCCAGUCUGGGUGAGGCCGGUUCAGAGCAGCGCCGGGAGAAGGUCCAUCAGGCUGAAAUAGAGACGAAGUGA